CAUUUUUAAUCCAGGUCCAUUCAAUGAGUCAGCAUAUCGAUGCAGGUGGGUGUCACAAAACAGCCGUGUGCUCUGAAAAGUGGCUUUUUUGACAAGUCCUUUAAAAGGAUUUUUGAGAAAGAAGCGCUGAGUGAACCUCUGAGACUGGCUCGGAGGAACCGGAUGCAGCAGGCGAAGAAGAACCUAGGCAAAGCCUUCCUGCCCUGCAGCGGGACCAAGAAGCCCUUUGGUUCAGGGAGUUGCUAUGGCACCUUGUCUGGACCAAUAGAAGCCACAAGUCCUCAGUCAGUUCCCAAGAAAGCUCAGCGCUCACCUGGCCGCAACAUUCUCACCUCACCGCCCAAGAAAGGCAGUUGUUACAGUUAUCCUAAAGUCACUCUGUCCAAAAUGGACCUGUAUGUUUCUGACCCAUUCAACAGUGCUAAAGAAGCCCGUAAGAGAGAGGUAGCAAUCCAUCAUUUCAAACUAAGAGAUGGGCCCUUCAGAAUAAAUCUUCACCCACAGGAUUAUUUCCAAGUCAAUCGGUAUCGCAACCACAAGGCUCUCCCACCUACUCAAAAGCCUCCCCAGCCCCAAAAGAACGUCUCCACAGUUCCCUUCAGACCCCCCUCCCCCAGCAAACGGAUUGGAGGAAUGAAAACUGGAACAUUUGAUGUAUAUCCCUCACAUUCUGCUGAUCCAUACGUCAUCCACCGCUCCAAACCAGUCAAUCAAGAGCCAGUGUUUCGUCCUGCUCCUGGUCCCAAGAGCAUGCCAGUCAAAAGCAUCAUCUCUGUUAAUGUUGACAGGUUAGCUCCAUUAAUCUGCUUUAGUUUACAUGGAGGGCAUUUAGCUGACACCUUAGUGUACGUCUACUGGAAAGAUUACAACAUUUAGACUUCCUCCUGGAGGACAUCUGCAUUAAAUGUUCAGUUAUUGAGAGAAUAAUUUUAACAGUGCUUUCAUGUCAUCAAUGGACAAUGUAGUACAAACAAAAAAAAAACUGAAACGUCAGGAAUAAAUUAAUCAGUUCAUAAUAAUAGUUUGUUUCUAACUUUUGGACUAAAUUUGGAGAACAGUAUUCAAUAUUCCACAAGACCAAGUUGUUUUUAAAUCCUGGGAGAAGUGAUCCUAUUCAUUAUAAUAACUACAGACCCGUGCAGAGACCACUAAAGGGGCAGGUGCUCAAAAAAAAGAAAAAAGGGCACAUUUAACUGCAUUUUAGGACAGAUUAUUAACAAAGCCAUACAGCUUUCAGAGUUUAAUAAACAAUGAUAAAUUACAAAAUUGUGAGAUAUACAACCAAAGCUAAG